CUCACUUUGCCUAUCCAUCGACAUGAUUAUUAGAAUAUUCAGGAACAAGGGUGUAGAGAGAAAUUUCAUCGCUAGGGUUUCUCCAAUCUGCCACAGAAAGGAGCCCAACAAGAGUCAUUGCCUUCUCCUCCAUUUAUCGAGAAAUUAUUCGUUGAUUUGGUGAAAUUACAUUGGGUUUUCUUUGAAUUGAGCUAUCUGGUAUUUGGUAUUCUGGGUUUGCUAACUCAUAAAAUCAGUCUCUUUAGCAGUUGGUAUAUUACUCUGGUUCGUGAUUGAAAUGGGGGAUUCCGAUUGCCAUACAAUUCGUAACAUUUGCAUUCUUGCCCAUGUCGAUCAUGGCAAGACCACCCUUGCUGACCAUCUAAUUGCUGGUGCUGGAAGUGGGUUACUCCACCCGAAGCAGGCUGGCCGGCUGAGGUUUAUGGAUUACCUAGACGAAGAACAGAGGCGGGCAAUUACAAUGAAGAGCUCUUCGAUCGCUCUUAAGUACAAGGAGUACAAUAUUAAUCUCAUAGAUUCACCUGGGCACAUGGAUUUCUGCAGCGAGGUCUCGACUGCUGCCCGAUUGAGUGAUGGAGCCUUGAUCUUAGUCGAUGCUGUUGAAGGGGUUCACAUACAGACCCAUGCCGUCUUGCGGCAAGCCUGGAUAGAAAAACUUACACCUUGCCUAGUCCUCAACAAGAUUGAUAGGUUGAUCUCAGAACUGAAACUGAGUCCAAUGGAAGCUUACAAUCGAUUGCAGAGAAUUGUUCAUGAGGUUAAUGGGAUUGUGAGUGGCUACAAGUCAGAGAAGUAUCUUUCUGAUGUAGAUUCGAUACUUGCAGUUCCUACUGGUGAGAUGGGUGAUGAGAAUCAGGAGUUCAUUGAGGAUGAUGAAGAAGAUACUUUCCAACCCCAAAAAGGAAAUGUGGCUUUUGUUUGUGCUUUGGAUGGGUGGGGUUUCUGUAUUGGGGAGUUCGCUGAAUUCUAUGCAUCGAAGCUUGGGGCGAGUGUCAAAGCAUUGCAGAAGGCUUUGUGGGGUCCUCGUUAUUAUAAUUCGAAGACCAAAAUGAUUGUAGGAAAAAAGGGAAUCAGUGGAGGGAAUAAGGCUCGGCCUAUGUUUGUGCAGUUUGUGCUUGAGCCUCUCUGGCAGGUUUAUCAGGCAGCUCUUGACUCUGAUGGGGAUAAAGCAAUGCUCGAGAAAGUCAUCAAGUCCUUUAACUUGUCUGUACCUUCUCGUGAAUUUCAGAAUAAGGAUCCGAAACUGGUGCUUCAAGCAGUUAUGAGCCGGUGGCUUCCUUUGUCUGAUUCGAUCUUGUCAAUGGUUGUUAGAUGUAUGCCUGAUCCCAUUGCAGCCCAGUCUAUUCGAAUUGCUCGGUUGCUUCCUAAGAGGGAGGUUGUGGAUAAUGGAACUUGUCAUGAUGUGCUGGCAGAAGCUGAGCAUGUGAGGAAGUGUGUCGAGGCCUGUGAUUCUAGUCCAGAAGCUCCUUGUGUUGCAUUUGUAUCCAAAAUGUUUGCUGUUCCACUGAAGAUGCUUCCACAAAGGGGUCCACAUGGAGAAAUUAUGAACAAUUUCGUGGAAGAAGGGGGGGCUAGUGAUUUAAACGAGUACUUCCUAGCAUUUGCAAGGAUUUUCAGCGGGGUUCUUUCUUCGGGGCAGAGAAUUUUUGUGCUUUCAGCUUUAUAUGAUCCACUUAGAGGGGAAGGAAUUCAAAAACAUGUGCAGGAAGUAGAGUUGCAGUCCUUGUAUCUAAUGAUGGGACAAGGAUUGAAACCAGUGGCGACUGCAAAGGCAGGGAAUGUUGUUGCAAUUCGAGGCCUUGGUCAGCAUAUCUUAAAGAGUGCGACUCUGUCAUCCACAAGAAACUGUUGGCCAUUCUCAAGUAUGGUUUUCCAAGUCUCUCCAACUCUGAGAGUGGCAAUUGAACCAUCUGAUCCGGCAGAUAUGGGUGCACUUAUGAGGGGUUUGAGGCUUCUAAACCGGGCAGAUCCAUUUGUAGAAGUUGGUGUUUCUGCCCGAGGAGAGCAAGUGCUUGCUGCUGCUGGAGAGGUUCAUCUCGAGAGGUGCAUAAAGGACUUGAAAGAGAGAUUUGCUAGAGUAAAGAUCGAAGUCUCACCUCCCCUUGUCUCCUAUAAGGAGACUAUUGAAGGUGAGGGAUCUAAUCCACCAGAGAAUUUCAAGGUAUUGACUGAUAGCUCGGAAUAUGCUGAGAAGACAACACCCAACGGGAGAUGUGUUAUUCGGGUGAAAGUCAUGAAGCUUCCACCUGCGCUGACAAAGGUUCUUGAUGAAAGUUCUGAUCUACUUGGAGGUAUUAUAGAACACAAACCAGAACAAAGAAGCAAACGCUUGCAAUUACUGAAUGCUACUGAAGAUGACAAUCCAAUUGAAGCACUUAAAAAACGCUUGGUGGAUGCUAUAGAGAGUGAUAUUAAAUCUGGGAGUAAAGAAAUUGAUAGUGAUAAGGUUGAGAAAUAUAAAAAUUUGUGGAUUCGGAUUGUUCAAAGGAUCUGGGCACUUGGUCCUAGGCAGGUUGGUCCUAACAUUCUCCUUGUUCCUGACUCAAAAGGUGAGGAUGUUGGUUCAUCUGUUCUUAUACCAGGUUCAUCUCUUGUAUCUGAAAGAUUGGGCUUUGUGGAUGUUUCCUGUGCAAAGACCAUGGAAAACGAUAAUGCUGCUGAGGCAGGUUUAGAAGCUAGCCAUGCACUGUACAUGGAGGCAGAGAGUCUUGCUAGCAGUGUGGUAUCUGGUUUCCAAUUAGCCACGGCAGCUGGACCAUUGUGUGAUGAACCUAUGUGGGGUUUGGCAUUUCUUGUCGAAGCCUACAUUAUUCCUUCUGGGGCAGAGUCUGAUGAGUCAGAACCCUCAACUCACCAACAAGAUCUAUAUGGCAUCUUUGCGGGACAGGUUAUGACAGCUGUCAAGGAUGCAUGUAGGACAGCUGUGCUGCAGAAGAAACCACGGGUUGUGGAAGCUAUGUAUUUCUGUGAGUUGAACACGCCAACUGAAUAUUUAGGCCCCAUGUAUGCUGUGCUUUCCCGACGAAGGGCCCGAGUUUUGAAGGAAGAGAUGCAGGAAGGGUCUCCAUUGUUCACUGUGCAUGCUUACGUGCCAGUUGCAGAAAGCUUUGGAUUUGCAGACGAGCUCCGGAGAUGGACAUCAGGUGCUUCAAGUGCUCUACUUGUACUCAGUCACUGGGAAGCGCUUCCUGAGGAUCCCUUCUUUGUACCAAAAACGGAAGAGGAAAUCGAAGAGUUUGGAGAUGGUUCUAGUGUCCUCCAUAAUACAGCAAGGAAGCUAAUCGAUGCCGUGAGGCGAAGGAAGGGCCUCCCGGUGGAAGAAAAAGUUGUUCAGCAUGCAACGAAGCAGAGGACCCUUUCCCGUAAAGUGUGAAGGUGUUGAUCCCAUAGGUACCAACAAUGAAUUUUUAAGAGGAUUUUAACAGAUACACAAUUCACCAAGUCAUGGUAAAAUAGUACAAGUGUACUUUCAAGUUUAAAACCCAAUUGACAUUACCUUGAUUCUUUUAUGUGAGGUAGUGCUUGGAUUGUACUCUGAUUAUUAUGAAUGAAUGUAUUUCUUUUGCUUGUUUGAGAAGAAAACAAAUAUAGUUAUUAGGAGA